ACAUAAUUUAUUUUUGCACCCUCUAUUGUUGGACACUGAAGUUGUUUCCAAUCUCUUUACUGUUUCAGUGACAAAAUAAUUAAGCUUGGAUAUCAUGGUUCAAGCCCCUCUUCCAGGAGGAGGAAUUCAUGUCUCCUUGGAUGGGUAUGGAGGGGUUGGGGGAUGAGAACUAAAUCCUAGAAGGGUUUUUUACAAGGUAUUUGACACAAAGUAAGUGCUGGAUAAAACCUCACUGUUAGCAAUACAUUCUUGGUACCAUGAACUUUCAGAUUUUUACUUUGAAGAAUCUCGAGAGACUAGUAUCUAUAUGGUUGCAAAAACCUCUUAAUAACCCCUGUCUUUAUUAGCUAAGAAUGGUCUGUUUCCUCCCCUCCUAAAUGGCUAAGGAUAAACACACAUUUCCUAGCCAGGUCAUUGGCCCCAGAACUGUUUGGGGAGCCACAUGGUAAUAGUACCCCUCACACUUGGGAGAACUGGCUCCCCUUUGUGUGGGGCUCUGAACCCGGAGCUUUGGCUGAUGUUGGGGGAAGUCCUGUGAGGCGCAUGCCCUGUGGCCACAUCACUGAGGUCCAGGCCAUUGCUCCCAGGCAGGUACGCUGUGCCAGCUAAGGCACUGUGCCAACACCCGAGGGUGCACACCACAUCAUCCCGUGAGUCAUCCUGUGCCCUGUCUUACAGAUGAGUAACCUGGGACUGGACUCGAAAGUCUUUAUCAGCAAGGGUCUUGCCAAGGUCACUCAGCCUCCAAGAGACCUGGAAGUCCUAGCUUGUUCCAUGACACAUCAGCACAGUGGGGCUUCCUGGUUGGGCAAAUGGAAUGGAGUCCAGGAGACUCAGUGGAACUCUUAUCACCUCAGAUUCUCUCUCUCUGUCUCUCUGUCUCUCUCUCUUUCUCUCUCUCUCUCUCUACUCCCCUCCCUCCCUCCAGCCUCAUUUAUUUUUAUGUGUGUGAUCGUGAGUGUUUUCUCUGCAUGUGUGUAUGUGUUCCAUGUGCGUGCCUGGUGCUCACGUAGGCUGGAAGAUGACACUGGAUCUCAUGGAACAGGUGGCUGUGAGCCAUCACGUAAAUUCUGGGAACUGAACCCUAGUUCUCUGCAAGAGCAACAAGUGUCCAGCCUCUUGGUGACCAUCUCUUGAAGCCCCAGAUCCAAAGCUCAGAGAAAGGACACCCGUGCCCCAGGUGACCUGGGAGUCAGAGGUCCCUUGCAGGGUUCCAUUGCUCUCUUUGAUCCUUUGAGCUGGAAGGUCAGCCUCCUGGCAGGAGGAGAGAGUGGCCUUCCAGGGAAAGAGAGCCAGGACACAGGAGGGUCUGGGAUGGAGUGACAGCCCCACUCCUGUGAUGUCUGGCUGAUGUAUCAAGACGCCGGGGCUUCUUGUGGCUCUGCUGCAGCUCUGGGGCUCCAGAAGGAUCGAAGGAUGGCUGAGCAGUGGCAAAGAGAGGGCAAAGGUCCAACAAGCGUCUGGACUCAAGGCCAGAGCAGGCAGCAGAAGGCUUCUUGUGCUGAUGGCCAGGGUGCAGGGUUUUCCCUUUGGUUUCUUGGCUGGGUGGCUGAGAACUAAUGUCUUCCUUCUGGGUCUCUGUUUCCUCCCCUGAGCAAGGGAAGAAGAGUCUACAGCCAGUUCUAACUGCAUCUGAUGAGAAGGCUAAGGAAGCUAAGGGAGGCAUAGGGUGCCCUUGAGGGAGAGCAGAGCCUCCCUUUGAGAAGGCUAAGGAAGCUAAGGGAGGCAUAGGGUGCCCUUGAGGGAGAGCAGAGCCUCCCUUUGCAGAGGAGUUGUAGCCUAAGCCUUGGGCUCCACCCUGGGCUCCCCCCUGGACUCUCCUGUGUGUAGGCCUUGGGAUCUCCACAGGCUGGGUGGGGUGAGCACCAGGCUUGGUCGGGUCGAGCCAGGUCCUCAUGUAUCUGAGUCUCUACCAUGCUUACCAGUUCCGUGGCCUUGGGCAAGCUGUGUGGGCUCUAGGGACCUUAUGUACUCAGCUGUCAUGGGCACCUCACGCCUGUCUAGAUGACUGUUAGGGACCUACAGACAUCUACCUGGGCCACUGGCGAGGUACAAUGAAUGGUCCAGAAAGUGUCUGUGUUUCUGUCCUGUGUCAACCCAUGCUGGGUACCAGAGACUUAGUAGUGAGUGUGCUUCAGGAGGUCCUGAAGUCAUUACCUGGUGAGCGCCAGGACAGAUGGUGAGCCCCAAGGAGGCUGUACAGGAGCUAGGGCUGCAAAGAGCUCAGAAUCAGCAGGGAGCAGAGGUGAAUAUUGGCGAGGAGCACCAGUAUUGUUGGGGAGCACCUCCUGGGGAGCACCAAGGGUGUGGGAACUGCAGCAGGCAAGCAUGGAGGGAGACAGAGGCUGACGCAGGCCUGGACUGCAGCUCCUGUCUGUUCUAGUGCUGUGGACAAGUGUCCCGAAUGAAAAAAAUGUAUAAGGCUGUCUUUGGGAGCUUGGGUUUGAGACGAUCCCAUGAGGCUGUUGGGGAUCCGGGUACAGGGCUGGCCAGGUGAGGACGAUUCUGGAAGAUAUGAGGGGGCAGGCAGAGCCAGAGUCUGGUGGAGUUUGGGAAAUUUAGAAAAUGGAGGGGAGCGGCCAGGUGGACCACUCAGUCGGGCCUGAGAAUCUGAAUGAAGGAUGGGCCCGUCUGUGGACAGGAGAAUGCUACUGUGUCCGAGCUCAGUUUGGCCGCGUUUGGUUGAGUAAAUCAGGGAUGGUGCAUGCCAUGUGGGCAAGGGCAGGGAGUGACAGGAAAAGGCCCAGUGGUGGGAUGAAGGACAGUAUUUACUGUCAGCUGACAGGCCCAGCGUGUCCCAGCCGUGGCAGCAGCCACCUGGUGCCAAUGAUGAGUUAAUGAGAGGAUGGUGAGUGAAUGAGUGACGGGGUGUCAGGGGAGCCCGCCUCUCACAUAAUGGGCCACUUAGUCCCCAGAGCAGCAGGAAAGGACUUGGCAAGAUUCGGCUCUGUUCCAUAGGCCCUGGGGGCCGCAGGGAGAUCCCCGCCACCCACAUGUGGAUAUGAGGCAGGGGCAGGGAUGAAGGAGUUGGGGGUUCUUGGUUGAGGGCGCUUGGUGCUGUCUUAGCCAGAUACCGGCAGCUGGCCCUUAGAGACUUCCUUCAUUCCUCAGUCGCAAGCCCUUGAGGAGGCCAGGGACUCCCACCUGAGGAGACCGAGGGGUAGAGACUGUGGUGAUGAACUAGCUCCUAAGUCCCCUCCCUACUGCACAUCGGGCGUGCCGCUGUCAUCGGAUCGGCAGCAGCCCGGCUUCACAGAGAGGAAGAGCAUGGCCCUAGGUGGAGCCGUCCAGGUCACAGAGCCACAGGAGGCGAGGCUGGCAUCGACUCCCCUGCCUGUGGGUUCUGAGAUCCCUUCUCUCCACCAUACUUGCGUGGCCACUAGCCUGGCUACUCCUUGAAACCCUCUGGGGCUUUCUGGGUGUGGGAGGGCUGUCUCCUGUCUUUUCUGUUUCCUGACUUGAUGCUCUGGGUCAGCAGGGGCAGAGUGGGGAGCCAAGAGCAAGGCUCUGGGUAAUCCUGCGACGACUUCCCUUGUGCGCGGCUCUUGCCUCCUCCUGGCUGCUCUGGUCCAGCCCGGAUCCUGAAGGGACAGUCCCUGUACCUUCUUCCCUGGCACCGAGGCCUCUCACACAACACCCUGUUUUUGUCCAGGCCCCCAGCAGCUCUCACGUCUUUGCAGCUGCCUUUCUAGAAUGUUCCGCCUCAGCCCUGCUUGUGGCUUGCUCCUACCUCUCUGUCCUUCCGGCCCCUUUUGUGGCUGUGGACUGCCCACCCAGACCUCCCUGGUGACCCUGCCUCACCUCCCCAGCUUGUCACUCUCAGGCCCUGUGCCUCCUGCCAGGACCUGCUGGUGCUCCUCAGGCUCUGAAACACCGGAAGCAGCCAGGGUGUGGGUGUCUCUCACGCUGUACCUCAGGCACACCUGAAGUCUUGCACACUCCUCUGUAGAGUGAGGAACUAGAUGUGGUGCGUUUGUACCCUGCCAUGCUUCUGUUACACACCUUUCACAGAAGCGAAGGAGCCCGGGGAGCCACAGGUUGGCCUUCAAGAUAACCCUGUGCUUUAUCUCUGAGGUCUCUGAGGGGGAACCUGCCCGAGGGUACAUUCAUCUGAUCCUCCAUUUCUCCCACGUUACCUAGGAAAUUCCACUACAGGUGGACGUGUGUCUCCAGGCAUGUACAGUACGUGGACAGACAGAAAUCCCAGACUGCUCCCUGAGAUGACGGGACUUGGGUUAGUAGGCAGGACAGAGUUAAAGCUGGAAGGCCACGAAGGAACUCUGAGUCCAAGUCCCCCUUGUUAAGAUGGGCGGAGAGACUCUGAUACGUCAUUGGUGGCUGAAGAGGACUCGUGGGGGGCUGCAGGCUCCCCUUCCCAGGCCCAGCAUGUAAGGUGACCUUAGCCGAGUGCCUGGCCUUCUCUGGACUUCAGCAUAUGCAGGGUUGCAGAUGAGAUGGCCCCAACCCAAGGCCUCAAAAGUUUCUGUGAGCUUUUCCAGCCAGUGCAGCCCCACACUUGCCCAGCAAGGGGUUAAGCAAUUGGCGGCAGCUCUGCACAGCAAACCCCCUCCUUUUCACAAACACUUGUAGGAAAUCAGGCUGGGCACUUCCUGCGAGGAGGUGGAGGAGGAGGCAAGGCCAGGCCUCAGCUGCAGGGGCGGGGAGAAGUGAGGAGCGAUGCUUGCCUGUGAGCAGAGGCGGUUCUGGCUGGCAGAGCGGUCUGGAGGCGGUCCAGGGUGCUGUGGAGGUAGGGGGCUCCCCAGGUUUGAAACAAAGACCUCGUGGGCAGCUCCCUUGAGCCCAGGCCGGCCGGAUGGUGGUGUAGUCCAAGUGAGGCCACAGGCAGAAUGGCUGGUGCUGAGAGGAGCCGCCUGUGACUUGGAUCCCCAGCUGCAGUCCAGUCUCUUGAAGAUGAAGUGGCCCAGGUGAAGCCAGGCCCGGCCCCAUGGCCAGCUCAGGGACAGAGGCACACUGGGCUGGGCCAGGCCUGGGGCAAGGGCCCCGGAGGCGACGCUGGGCUUGGGCUGAAGAGCAGGAUGCAGAUGGAAGCAGUGACCAGGGCUGGGGAAACCAGCAGUCUCUUCCUAAAGCCACCAGCCCUGAGCUCCUGGAGGACUUCCGCCGGGCACAGGAGUGCCCGCUGCCCCUGGAGUGGGACCCAGGCAUGCAGGAGUCGGAAGAGUCUUCUGGAGAAGGACCUGCAUGGCCGGGGCACUCCCAUAAUCCUUUGGUCCAGUUUCUCCUGCCCUGCAGGACACAGUUUCUGGUUUGCGCCGUGGUGAAUGCCACAGAGGAGAAUGCCAUCCAGCUGUCUUUGCAUGCCUGCCACCAUCCUGUGCUUGAGACAGAAGCUGAUGAUGGGAGCAGCCCAGAGGGUUCCCCCUUGCCUCUGCCCUGGCUCUCCAGGCACACUCAACAGCUGGACCUGUCUGAAGAGGAACUGGAUGCAGCCCCUGGAAGUCCUGAGGCGGAGUUAGCUGAAGAGAGUUACACAGAGCUGGAGUGUGAAGACCCGGGAAGUUCCAGCCCUGGGGCUCUGGAGCAGGGACCAGCUGGAGACUGGGUGGCCUCUAUCAAACAAGGCAGUAAACACAGACCUGAGCACCCCACACGUCAGCCAUCUGUUGAACACAGCCCCACAAAGACCUGGAGCAGUGGGACUGUGAGUCUCGGCCAACCUAGUGACAGCCUUGAUUCUACCUGGGAAGGAGACGCUGAUGUCCCCCAGCCUGCCACGCUGACCGAAGCCCUGCCACACAGUCCACGCCACAGCCUCCCACAGCCAGAUGACAGAAACGGAGAUGGCGUUGCUCCGGCAACACCCACAGAAUUCCGGGACUCCUUAGCAGCACCAGCCCAGAAUCCUCAGUGCUCUGCAGGCACAUGGGGGCGAGAAACCACCAGCCUGCCCGGUUCUCAACCUGAGAACCGAGCCUGGAGGAGAACUAAGACAUCCCCAAAGCCACUGCCCUCCCGGUUCACUGGCUCCAUCAGCCCCCCAAGUACUCGGCUUGGGGCCGUAAAGAAAGUUGUGUCACAGCACAAUCAGGGAGUCACUCUGGCUGGCCACUCUUCUUCAGAUGCCCCCAAGUAUGGCCGGGGGCGCCUGAACUACCCACUCCCUGACUUCUCCAAGGUGGGACCCCGGGUAAAGUUUCCCAAAGAUGAGAACUACCGACCCCCCAAGUCCAGAGGCCACAACAGGCAACAAGGCCCUGCCAGACCCCUAAUCUUCAAGUCGCCAGCUGAGAUUGUCCGAGAGGUACUGAUGAGCAAUGGAGAGAGACCCCUGGUCAGGGACCCUUCCCUUGCCCAGCCCAUCACCAGAGUGCCCCAGGAGUUCCAGACACCUGAACAAGCCACUGAGCUGGUUCAUCAGCUGCAGGAGGACUACCACAAGCUCCUCACCAAGUACGCGGAGGCAGAGAACACUAUCGACCAGCUUCGCCUUGGGGCCAAGGUACACCUGUAUUCAGACCCGCCCCAGCCCAAUCAGAGCAUCUGCUCUGGGACAAUGCCACAAGGAAGCAAGGUCUUGUCCUUCUCUGUCCCACAACCCAGGUCAGCAGAGUGGUGGCCCGGCCCCGCGCGGAAUCCGCAGGCCUCUGAGGCCACCGGGUGGUCGUCUCCACGAGCAGACCUGAGUCCUCCCUCGUCCCCCAGCAUGGCCACCCCACGGCGGCUUCCUCAGAGCCCGGGCGUUGCUGCAGACCAGCCCUCCACAGGACAGACCCGGGCACUGACCUCCCAGGCCAGCCAGCUCCUAGCCAAGGUGGAAUCCUUUGAGGAACUGGUACUCACCGGACAUCUCCCACCCCAGGACCAAAUCAAGAGCUUGGAGCAGCUGAGGGCGGCCCACGGAGCCCUUGAGGCAGAAUACCUUGAGGCCUGCAAAAAACGGCAUCUGAACCCAAAGCCUGACGCCUCCACAGGAAGUCCCAGGACCCUCAAUCUCUGCAGGGAGCUAGAGGCAGAGAUCUGCCGCCUGGGGCAGCGCCUGGAAGAGCUGCAGGACCACAUGGACCAGACCCAGAGGGAGCCAGCAUCAUGCAGUCCAGAUCUGCCGGGCAACGCCCCAGCCACACCCUUCCUGUCCCGACCAGCUCAUGUAGCUAGGCCUUCAGGAUCAGUCUCCUCACCAGCCGUCCACACCUUCCAUGAGCCUGCCGCCACCGCCACCUCCCCUAGGAGCUCUUGCGUAUGCCCCACGAACAAGGAGGUGAGCCCGGGCAGCAUCAAGGCAGAGGAAAGCCCGAGAGAGCUCCCAGCCCCACUCAGGGACAGGGAGCUUCAGAUGGAGCAGGACUUCCACGGCCUUCUGGAGCAAUACCUCAGUGUGAAGUCUCUCCCUGAAGCCUUGAGGGUGGAAGAUGAGGAGGGUCUGAAGGAGAAGGAGGAGCUGGACCACCUUGGUACCUUGGAAUCGGAUGGUCCAGCCACAGCUCCAGGAGAAGUGGAAGCCACAAGGGUACCAUCAGGACAGCGCCCAGCACAGGCUGAGGAAGGCCAUAGGGCUGCCAGCCAGGAAGAGGAGGAACAGGCGGUGUCCAUGCAACCACCAAGCUCCCGGACAUCCAUGGCCAGAGAUAGGUACGCCCCAGGCCUCGGUGCAGCUGAAGUGACUCGAAGGGGCACCAAACCCAUGGCAUCACAUCAGAGCAGUCUAACCAGCCUGGAGGAGAAUGGGCCCACAGAGCUCCUUCCUCGGAAAGCUCUGCUUCGGGCUGGCGCCGCCCACACCGAGGAGCCCUGGAUGGCGUCACCAGAGACAGACAGUGGCUUCGUGGGCUCAGAAACUAGCAUUGUAUCACCCUUCACCCAGACCCCAGAGCACCGGCUCACCCACGUCAGCGCUCCAGGGACAUCAGCUCAGCACCUCACUGCCUCUGCGCCUGGUGAUGGAGCCUCCCAUCCCAAGGCCAGGGGCUCUGUGAUGCCCAGAAGAUCCACCGAGGCUGCCACACCCAGAAGCCGAGCCCAGCAGCGUCUCUCCCGCCCGAGCAGCUCUCUCCGGCAAGGGGCACACAGUUCCCAGCUGGGACAAGCACCAGUGGUUACGAUGAGGCUUCCCAGGUCUGAGUUCAAGAGACAGAAGCAGAUUUCCAAACAGCUCCGUCCUAGUGGAGCAACCAGCCCAGCCUCUGACCCAGCCCCCACAGCUGCCUCCGUGUCGCAUGGGUCAGCAGAGAGCACUGCCAGCCUCCUCCUCACCAGGACAGAGCGCGACCAGGCCAUCAGGGAUCUACAGGCAGAGGUGUCACAGCUCCGCCUACGGCUGGAGGACAGCCUGCAUCGGCCACACCCAGGCAGCCCAACUCACGCAGCUUCUGCUUUCCAGCACUCCACGAGGACCCAGGACAAGCUGAUGGAGUCCUCACCCUCCUGGGGCUCCCACUAUGGCAGUAAAUCCACAGAGAGGUUGUCUGAGGAGCCCAAUGGCCCAGAGCCAGCUGUGCCAACAGGAAGACGGCGAGCCAGGUCCUCCUCCGUGCCCCGGGAUGUACCCAGACUGUUCCUAAGCUCCGAAUCGGAAUCGCUUUCCCCUCGACUGUCAUCUGAGAGGAACAGGACCUUUGAGGAGCGUCCCCAGGCUGCACAGGAGGGGACAAGAUCAUCUGUCAGCCUGAGACAGAAGGAAAGAGUCUCCUUCCGGGGCCAGUACACAGGCCAGGAGUACCACAUUCUGUCCCCCAAGGCGGUCCUGAAGGACAGGGGCACAGCCUCCUGCCCCCAUUGCCAGCCCAUUAGGACCCAGGACGCAGGCAGUGCUGUCCCCAGAGAGCCACCAGGACCAUCCUCCGCUGACACCCUCCGCUGUCCCCUGUGUGGUAUAGUAAGGUCCACUGCAGAAGCCGAUGGCCCCAGCUCAGGCCCCUCUGAGAAGAAAACCCCAAGGAAAACUGCACCUUCCACCCCCAGCCCCAAGCGGAAGAGCAGGCACAUGGGCUCGCCAGUGCGCCCGCUCCCUGGACUCUGGUACCUGCCUGCUGCACCCCCAGUUCCAGCCCCUCCUGCCUUGGCCUACAUCUCCUCGGCUCCCGGCACGCCUUACCCACCACCCACUGUGUACUAUGCAACUCCAGCACCUACCUCAGCCCGGACAGCCUCCCCACAGCCUGCCCAGGGGCCUCGGGGAACCCGGCACUCUGUCCAUUUGGGUCUGAGUGACCUGGAAGAGCUGCAGGCCGCACUCAGCGAGGCUGCCCAGGCCGCUGAGAAUGUGUGCUCCACCACCCGCCAACUGAGCCGUUCCCUGUCUGCAGACCUGCGUCACGCCCGUAGCCUGAGAGGCUCGUGCCUCUUCUGACUCCCUGGAGACUCUGAGACUCUGAGGCAGGCAGCCUCUGUUGUCCCUCAGCCACCAGUCUUCUGGAGCCAUCGAUGGCUGGAAGAUGCCACGCCCCUUCCCCAGGAAUGCCUCCAUGUAGCAUGUCUAAAAUGGAGAGACACUGGUCUGACCCAUAGUGGAUGAACACCCAGGGGACCGGCUCCGUCUAACAGGUGUAGUGACCGUGGCUUCCUCUGUCCAGGCAGAGCCUCUGAGAUUCACUUGCUGUCUCCUGCCCAGGUCCUCCUGCAGCUAAGAAUGCGGAUCUUACUGGACAGAACGUCUUUACACUGGGGAGCUAACCUGAGCAUGGCUCCUUCUCAGAAGGCCAUCGAGGACAAGGAAGGCCUAAGGUCACCUGCCUGUAACAGCCACGCCGAGGCAGGGAGAGCCUGGCUAGGGACAAGGGGAAUACUUGGGGACCCAUCUCAGGAUGGAGGCCUCGGGUGACAUGUGCCCAGAUCUUCUGUGAUUCCUGAAGUUUUCCCAUGAGCCCACAGAGUACAGGCAGCUCGUGUGAGGCCAGGAAACGCCUGCCGACCUCCCCCAUACUUUUGUUAGCAUCCACUAGAGGACCAAGCUACCUGCCAGGCCCUGGCUGAGGCUGAGAAACCAGGGUAACACCCCUUCCCCCAUCCCAUAACAGGGUGAUCUCAGCAUUUCUGAAAUGUGCAUUUAUCACAGAUGGUUUAUAUAUUUGAGGCAUUUAAAAUCUAUUUUUGUUAUAAAAGCAAAUGAAGGAAAA